AUGAAAACAAAAACGACAGUGUCAUUCAGAGGUCGGGGGCUGAAGGGUCAGGAAUUGCAUUGCCCAAAUGGAUACACGGGCCUAGUGCUAAAAGAGGUCCAGAAGCCUGCAUCUGAUCAAGAGGACAGAGUAGUAGUGAAAGUUUCUUCAGUGUUUCAUAAUUUCACAUACUGGAAUCUGGAGACGCCUCCCACAUCCGAUGAUGGAGUUGUGAUGGCGAUGACAUGGCCUCAUCUAGCAGAGGCAAUGCAUGGACCAGUGGACGACUGAUAAUGGACAUUGUUUGUGGAGAUCUGCUUCUCAAGUACAUAGUUACAGUUAAACAAAUGUGAAAAUGAUUCUUUGUUGGAAGACAGUAUAAGUAACUUACUGUGUUGUGGUAGUAACCACCAUUUUUACCAAAUAUAUGUUAUAGAAUAUCACAAUGCAACAUGACUAACUAUUAAAAAGUCUUGUUUUAUCGGUUUA